AUGAAGGAAUUUCAAGUAAAGGAUAUUUUUAGUAACUGCGAGAUUUCUAGUGAUAAGAAAAAAGGACUACACAAUAUUUAUAAUAUAUUAAAGAAUGAUGAAAACAGAAAAAAUGAGAAAAAGAUAAAGGAAGUAUUUAAAUAUACAGAUAAUAUUUUAAAACAAGAUUUUGAGAAGGAUAUUUUAACUAUACCUAUAGCUUUAUUAAAAGAAAAUGACAAGAAAAUUAUUUUUAAUAACUUAAGAAGAUUAUUCAAAUGUUUCUCCAUAUUUGUUGGGCAGGAAGAAUAUAUAGAUUCCUUAGCAGACUUUUUAUUUUAUUUAUAUAAAUAUAUGAGAAAGGCAGAUGUAAAGAGGACAUACAAAGUGUUGAGAAAGCAUGUGCCAUUUGAGACAAAAGAGGAAAAAGAAAAAAAUAAUGCAAAAAAAAAAAAAAAAAAUAAUAAUAAUAAUAAUAAUAAUAAUAAUAAUAAUAAUCAUGACGAUGUUAAUGUUGGAGAUAAUAAUAAUUAUAAUGAUAAUCGUAGUGAUAAUAAUAAUUUGAUUACAAGUAGUAAUAAAGUUGAUAAUAUAAAAAAUAAAUACACAAAUAUCAUAGAAAAUAAUAAUAAUAAUAAUAAUAAUAAUAAUAAUAAUCAUGACGAUGUUAAUGUUGGAGAUAAUAAUAAUAAUAAUGAUAAUCAUAGUGAUAAUAAUAAUUUGAUUACAAGUAGUAAUAAAGUUGAUAAUAUAAAAAAUAAAUACACAAAUAUCAUAGAAAAUAAUUUUUUUAGAAAUAAAUUUUUGUUUCAUUUUAUAUUUCAUAGUAAUAUUUUAAUUUAUUUAGAAAAAUUAAAAAAGGAAGAUAGCAAAAAUCUAAGCUCAGAUGAACAUUAUUUUUUUAUGAAUUUAAAAAAUAAUAUAUUAAAUAAAAAAUAUAUAUUGACAUUAAGUAAUUAUAUUCCUUAUAUUGUUUUAAGUUAUCCUUCUUUUCCUUUAUUUCUUGAAAAUUUGUUUAAUAUAUUUUUUUUUGUUAGAAAUAAUUUAAUGACCUUCUUUAUAAAGAAUAUAUAUAAAAAAGUAGUAGGGUUCAUAUAUUUGAAGAAUACAGAUAUAAAUAAAAGAUUUACUUUAAAAAAAUAUUAUAAUCUUUUAAUAUAUGUAUAUUUUUUAUACAAAAUAAAAAUUGUCAUAUCUAUAUAUUUAAAUCAUAAUCAAUAUAUUAUGUUGAAUGAUAUUUUAUAUGAUAACAAUAUUAUAGAAUUAUAUAUAGAUAUAUUAAAAGAUUUUAAAAAUACUAUAUAUUUUAUAUUCAACACAAUUAAAGAUAAAAAUUAUAUAAAUAAUGCAAAAGGAAAUCAUUCUUUACAAUUCUGUUUAAUCAUUUUAUAUCUAAUUAAUAUUGUAUAUUCUAAUCAUAAUGAUGUUUUAAAUAUAUUUUUAUCUAAUAGUAAAUUUAAUAAAAAAAUAUCUUUUCUAGACAAAUAUAAAAAUAUAUUUUCGAAAUAUAAUAACAUGUAUAAUAUUUUAUUUAAGCAUACAAAAUCAAAAACAUAUGAUGAUAUAAAAAUGUAUGCUCAGCUCAAAAAUAGUAUGUAUAAUAAUAAAGGGCUCCAUGUAAAGAAGACUAAUAAUAAACAUAAAAAUUAUAAAAACGUUAUUAUAAUCAAAGAGAAAGGUAAUAAUCACAAUAAUAUUCAUAAUAAUAAUAAUAAUAAUGAUGAUGUGAAUUCUUUUUUCUUUAUGAAGAAAGAAAAAAAUUGCAAUUAUUUAAAAUAUAUAAGAAAUGAUUUAUUACAAAAACAAAUACAAGAAAAAGAACAAGGAGGAGAAUAUUCUCUUGUAUAUGUUUUAUUAUUUUUUUAUCAUCUAACAACAAGAUUUAUAAAAAUAUAUGACUACACUUGUGAUUUGUAUAACAUGGUUUUUUUUAAAAAAUUUUUAUUAUAUAAAAUAAUAAAAGAAAAAAAACAUUUAAACAAUAAACAUAUAAAUAAUAUUAAAAAAUUAUCACUACAAAAUAAACAUACAGAUAUAAAUGCUUUUACAAAUAAUGUUAUAACAGAUAAUCAUUCAAAAUGUUUUUAUAACACACACUUUUUUAAUCUUGUCAAAAAUAAUUUCUUUUUAUAUAUUAAUAUAGACAAAAAUAUUUUGAACGUCCUUUUUAAUAACGAAUUACAAAUGUUUUUAAAUAAUAAAAAUUUAAACUACAAAAAUUUAUAUCACAUGUUAAUAUAUAAUUCGAACAAUAAAUAUAAUCAAUUUAAUAUACGACUUCUUUUAUAUAAAGUUAUUUUUAAAAAUAUUAUGAAAUAUAUAUUAUGUUUAAAAUAUGAUAAUAAAGAUAAUAAUCAUAAUAAUAAUAAUAAUAAUAAUAAUCAUAAUAAUCAUAAUAAUCAUAAUAAUCAUAAUAAUCAUAAUAAUCAUAAUAAUGAUUAUUAUUAUAAAUAUGAAAAAAAUAAAAAUUUAAAGCAAACACAAAUAAACAAUAUAUAUGACAAUACUAAUAAGAACGAUAAUGUAGACAAGAAUUAUUUUAACAUGCAUAAUAUCAUUUAUCUAUUUAAUAAAAAAAAUACAAAUAAAUUUAAAUCCUUACAUAUUAAGGAAUAUCAAAUUAAUAAGAAUCAAAUUAAUGAUAUAAUUAUGAGACAUGAUAAAAAUACAUUUAUUAUUCUUAAACAUUUAGAUUUUUUGGAUUUACAUAAAGACAAGUCUAAUUUUUUAUUUGAUAAAAAUAUAAUUAAUUUAAUUAUGUAUCAACUAACGAGUGAAACUAUUAAUAUUCUAAAACAUUUAUAUACAUGUAAUUCAAAAACAAACAAACAAACAAAUAAUAAAGAUCAUGUUAAUCCAUCUAUUUAUUAUCUUACAAACAAUAUAAACCUUUUAAUUAUUAUCUUAAAAAGUAUGCUUAAUCUAAUUAAUUCAUUUAUUCAAAUUAUUAAUAUGAACAAUGCAGGUAAAAAAAAAUGCACUUUAAUAUAUCAUAAACAAAAAAGAGAGUGUGUUUUAUUUUCUCAAGAAUAUCAUAACGAAAUAAAAAAUGAAAACACGACAACAAAACAAAUAUUGAAGGAGGAAAUAUAUUUAGAUUAUGUAGAUGGAUUUAAUAAAAAUUGUAUGAAAAAAAAAAAUUUUCAUAUCAUCAAAAAGAUAUUCAAAUUGUAUAUUCAUAUUAUAAAAACAGAAUAUAAAAAUAAAAGUAACACAAAUUACAAUGAUAAGAAACUUUAUUUAGAUAUGAACGAAAUUAUAGAAUUAGGAAAAAUAAUUAUUUUUGUUUUUAAUUUUAUCAUCUUUUAUAUUAUUAACAACAUAAAGGAUACUAAUAUAAUACAUGUCAAUAUGGAUGCACAUGUAGUAAAGAAUUUGAAAAAAAAAAGAUACAAGAAAAUAUUUUGUGAUAUUCAUAAUCUUUAUAAUUUAUUAAAAGAUAAAAAAUAUUUAACUUGUUCAAAUGAAUUAAAAAAAAAACUCUUUAAAUUUUAUAAACAUUAUCAUGCUGUAAAUCAAAGAGUUAACAGUAAAAUGAAUGAUAAGAAUUAUUUUGCUUCUUUUGUUCAAUAUAAUUAUUUAGAAAAAAAUAAAAUAAAAUAUCUCAAAAUUUCAAAAAAAAUAUUUAUACAUUUUAAAAGCUUAACACCAGCUAUUAUAUGGAGUAGUAAUAUAGAAGAAAAUGAAUCUAAUGAUGAUAAUCAUAUUAUUCAAAAAAAUAAUAAUUUUAUGAUACCAAUUCAAGAUAAUCAAGAAGAUAAUAUUAUCUUAUCUGCUACUUCGUUGUUAGAUAUACUAGCAGAUGAUACCAAUAAUAAUAUAACAGAAAAUAAUAAUCAUAAAGAAAAUGAUAAUAUGAAUGAGGAUGAAAAAAAAAAAAAAAAAAAAAGUGAUUUAAAAAAAAAAAAAAAUCAUACAGAUUUAUUUUAUGAUGUUACAUCAUUAUUAAAAUGUUUAAAAAUUAAUUUAAAAAAACAAAGUGCACAAUCAGUUAUAAAAUCGAUCUACUAUUUGUUAUAUUCAUUAGUAGUCUUGUCAAAAAAAGUAAAGAUGAUAUUGAAACAAAAAAAUAUUGUGGAAGGGUGUGAAACGAAUCUCAGUGAUGUUGAAGAAAGUGAUCAAAAGGAUCAAAAUGGACAGGUCCAUAAAAAAAAUAAUAUUUUAGAUGAUAAUGAAACGGUGCAUAAAAAAGAUAAUAUUUCAGAUGAUGAUAAAAGGGUACAUAAAAAAGAUAAUAUUUCAGAUGAUAAUAUUUUAGAUGAUGAAGAAAGUUCAGAUGCUUCUCUUAAUAGUGAUGAUUAUUCUGAAGAAGAAGAAGAAGAAAAGAAAAAAAGAAAAUCGAUAAGUUCUAUAUAUAUUGAAGAUAUGAAAAAUUUAGAAAAACGUAUUGUACAUAUAAUAUAUACAUUUAAAGUAUUAAAAGAUAUAGAAAUGAAAGAUAUAGAUAAAUUAAAUAUAUCAAUAGAAAAAUAUUUAUAUAAAAUUAUAACAAUAAUAAUUAAAGAAAAAAAGAAUUUAGAAAUAUUACGUAUGUGUUUGAAAUGUUUAGAAUGUUAUCAUAAUAUAGAAAGUAAAAUAAUACAAGAUAAAAAAAAAAAUUUUGUAAUUAAUUAUUUGUUUGAGUUAAUACAAAUAAUAUAUCACAUUCCAAAAUUGAAAGAAUAUUAUUCAAAAUAUUUAAAUAUAUUUUUUAAAAGUUCAUUUGUAAGAUAUAUUAAUAUAAACGAAAUUUUUAAUGGUUCAUAUAAUUUUUAUUUUGAGUCUAUAUUAAAUAGAUUUAUAUCAGAUGUAGAUCUUAAUGAUUAUAUUAAUAAUAAUAAUAAUAAAAAAAAAAUAAAUAAUAUGAAUUUACAACAAAAAGAAUAUAUAACUAACAAAUUUAUUAAUAUUAUAAAAGAAACCAAUAAAAAAAUUUAUGUAAUGAAAGAUGAAAAUUAUCUUAAUUAUUUAAAUAUAAUAAAAAAUAAAGAUGCAAAUAAUAUUAGCACAUUGACUACAUUUUCUCUUAAUGAAUUAUCUCAUGUUAUACAAAAUAUAUAUAUACAUUUCAAUCAAAUAUUAACAGAUAAUUAUGCUUAUGCAUUUAAUAAAAAAGUAAAUUUAAAUUUAUUACUUCUUUUAAAAAAAAUAACAAAUAUCUUUUUUAUUAAGCAAAAUAAUAUUCAAAUGUAUAAAAAUCAAUUUUUAAAAUAUCUAUCAGAAUUCUUAAAGUUUCAAACACGUCUAGAUGAACAGUUGUCUACACAAAAAAUAUCUAUAAAUAUAAAUGAAUUCUUAAAAAAACUAUCUCUAUUAAUACAAACCAUAAAAUCAAUGAAAAUCUCAGACCAUGAAAAAUUUAAGGUAAAUGAUAUUAGACAAAUUAGUAACACCAGUACGACCAUUUCACUUUCUGAGCAUAUCAAAUCAGCCAAAAAAAAAAAACGAAAAAAUACUAAAACUGGAAUUCAUAUAAAAAAGAAGAUUAAGGUAGCAAAAUGA